AUGGCCGGUCACAGGAGUAGCUAUGGAAAACGAUCUCAUUCUAACUCCGACUAUCCCGAAAGGGGGGAAAACAAACGAAGAAACUCUGGAGGUGGUGAUAAGGACGGAUUCUCCAUCGGGCCUGAUGACACUGUUUACCGCUAUCUGUGCCCGGGAAAGAAGAUUGGGAGCAUUAUCGGGAGGGGUGGGGAGAUUGUCAAGCAACUGAGGGCCGACACAAAAUCGAAGAUCCGAAUCGGCGAGUCCGUGCCCGGAUGCGACGAGCGUGUCGUCACUAUUUACAGCGCCAGUGAGGAUACCAACGAUUUUGAACGCACAGACGAGCGUGUGUGUCCAGCUCAAGAUGCUCUUUUCAAGAUUCACGAUAGAAUUGUUUCUGAGGACAUUGGAGAAGAGGAGGAUAUGGAGGAGGCCCCACAAGUAAGUGUUCGGCUCUUGGUGCCUUCCGAUCAGAUUGGUUGUGUUAUUGGGAAAGGUGGGCAGAUAGUACAGAACAUCCGAAGUGAAACUGGGGCACAGAUUCGUAUAAUGAAAGAUGACCAUCUGCCGACAUGUGCGUUGAAUUCAGACGAGCUUGUACAGAUUUCGGGUGAUGCUUCAGUGGUGAAGAAGGCUCUUUAUCAGAUUGCGGCUCGGCUUCACGACAAUCCUUCCCGAUCUCAGCAUCUUCUCUCGUCCUCUGCUCAUACCAUCUACUCUUCUGGUGGUUCGGUUAUGGGAUCCACGGGUAGGGCCCCAAUCAUGGGAUUAACUCCACUGGUGGGGCACUAUGGGGGGUACAAGGGAGAGAGUGCAGAUUGGUCUCGGUCCUUGUAUUCGGGUCCAAGAGGUGAAGCAUCUCCUAAAGAAUUCUCACUUCGUCUUGUUUGCUCCACUGCGAAUAUCGGAGGUGUCAUUGGCAAAGGUGGCCAGAUAAUCAACCAAAUAAGGCAGGAUUCUGGUGCGUCCAUUAAAGUCGAUAGUUCGUCCACCGAGGGAGAUGAUUGCUUGAUUUUGAUAUCUUCAAAGGAGAUUUUCGACGAUACUAUUUCUUCAGCAAUCGAUGCAGCUAUUCGCUUGCAGCCCAGGUGCAGCGAUAAGGUUGAGAGGGACUCUGGUCUUUUUUCAUACACAACACGAUUACUUGUUCCCAGUUCACAAGUCGGGUGUCUGAUUGGGAAAGGAGGGUCUAUAAUAUCUGAGAUGAGGAAAGACACCAGGGCCAAUAUCCGCAUACUGUCAAAAGAAAACCUACCUAAAGUAGCUUCCAGUGACGAUGAGAUGGUUCAGAUUUCGGGAGACCCUGAUAUUGCUAAGGAUGCUCUCAUUCGAGUAACUUCGCGCUUGAGGGCCAAUGUUUUCGAAAAGGAGGGUGCUUUGCCUGCAUUUUUGCCGGUUGUUCCCUAUGUCCCGAUGCCUGCAGAUGUCUCAGGGAGCCUGAAGUAUGAAAGUAGGGACUCAAGGGCUCGUGGGCGUGGGUAUUCUUAUUCUGGUGGAUACGGUAAUUCGGUUGAUUUGCCACCUGUGGAUGCUUAUGAUGGUUAUGGUGGAGGUCAGGGUGGUAGUGGUAGUUCUGCUUAUGGUGCUUAUGGGAGUUACUCGCCUGGGCGUUCGGUUGGUUCUGGGUUAUCUGGACGUAACCAUGGUUCACGUGGCAGAACAUAUGAUUACUAA